UCGUGCAGAAUCUGUGGUGUUUGAGCAGUGUUGAGAUGGAGUUUAGCAUGGCUGUAGUGUCAGUUAAAAGGCUUGUUUAAAGGCACAUAGGCUACUCUUCGAUCUAAACUGUCGUAUAAUACACUAUAUCUCUGAGUUUUCUCCUCACGGAAGGCCGUCUCAAAACGGCUAUUAUUGUUGUCGUAUCUCUCAAGUAAAUUCCCGUAACAGUGCCUACAAACCUGGUCCCUGUCACUCUGCAUCUACUGGAAUAAAAUAAAUCCAAGCGCACCUAAAGGUAAGUGAAGGUAUGCAUGUGGCCCUCUGCUGAUUCCCUUUGCUCAAGUUACCACUUGUUGCUGGUUCAGAGCUGACUCCUGAGAAACAAGGUUAUGCCCGCUAUUUUAGGAACUGGUCGUCCAGCUAGCUGGUAAAUUACGCCAGAAGUUCCGAUAAUUUACCUCUUAAUUCAUUGCAUAAUUCACUCGGACAAUUUAGUUUCGCUUUGACAACCGGCUUUUGAUACCAAAUUGUGUAAACAGGCGUAUUGGCGUCACGUGAAAUAAUUGCGGAAGUGCCAGGAUGGUAAAUAUAUGGAAUUUUCCUUCGCGGGAUUUUGCAGGACCAAUGUGACAAACGUGGUCGGAUGGGCACACUGUAUCUGUUUGCUUUCAUGAGCCAACGUCAGCUGAAGAGUAGAAACUCGUGGCAGAAACUGAAGGUUAUUUCGAAACCAGGGGUCAGUUUGACAGGACAGUGGUGUCGAGUUCAAGGUUCUGCAAUGUUGCAGAUGGAGACAUGUCUAACAUUUACUACAGCUAGAGCGCUUUGUUUUUGUGCCACACCCCAAAAAUAAUUUCAAAUACUUAACAACCUUUCACAACAAUCCAAACAUGUAAUGGCAUUUGCAAAAUAUUUUGUUUAUUUUUGAGGACUGUUCAUCUACAUUCUUCUCCUUUGCAAACAAAGAGUGCAAAACUGUGCAGAGUUUGUCAGAGUUAAUGUGACCUGUUGAGUGUUUUCACAAUCGCUACUGUUUGUCAUCAGCUUGCAGGAGCACUUUCUGUGUCUGUGUAGUUAUAACCUUGUGUGCUUGAAAGCCGGACAAACCAUGCUGAGACUGGUCAGAUGUCAGGGCAGGGGGGUCAGGGGUCACGUGCGUGAUCAGCAGCGACGAUGGCACCAUCACCAAAAGAGAGUGAUUGCCAUCCGACGUGAGGAUAUUAACGUUUGGGAGAGACGAGCGCCUUUGGCUCCCAGACAUGUCAAAGAAAUCACGGCAGCCGGCCACAAGGUCCUCGUGCAACCCUCCAACAGACGAGCCAUUCACGAGAGAUUCUAUGAGAAAGCAGGGGCCAUCAUACAGGAGGACAUCUCUGAGGCAUCACUCAUCAUUGGGGUGAAGAGGCCUCCAGAGGAGAAGGUCUAUCCUCAGAAGACAUAUGCGUUUUUCUCCCACACCAUCAAAGCCCAAGAGGCUAACAUGGGCCUACUGGAUGACAUUCUGAAAAAGGACGUUCGACUCAUCGACUACGAGAAAAUGGUGGACAGCAAUGGGUUCCGUAUCGUGGCGUUUGGACAGUGGGCUGGAGUGGCAGGAAUGAUCAAUAUCUUACACGGCCUGGGCCUUCGCUUCCUCGCCUUAGGACACCACACUCCUUUCAUGCACAUUGGCAUGUCGCAUAACUACAGAAACGUUAGUCAGGCUGUCCAGGCAGUCAGGGACUGUGGGUAUGAGAUAUCUUUGGGCUUGAUGCCUAAGUCCAUUGGACCACUCACCUUUGUGUUCACGGGCACAGGCAAUGUGUCUAAGGGUGCUCAAGAUAUUUUCAAUGAACUUCCCUGUGAAUACGUGGAGCCACAUGAACUGAAAGAUGUUUCUGAAAAAGGAGACAUGAGUAAAGUGUAUGGUACGGUGUUGAGUCGACACCAUCACCUGGUGAGGAAGAGUGACGGACUGUAUGACCCUUUAGAAUACGAAAACCACCCAGAACUCUACACCUCCCACUUUAGAACAAGUGUGGCUCCUUAUACCACCUGUCUCAUAAACGGUAUUUACUGGGAUCCUCACACUCCGAGACUGUUGCGUCGUCUAGAUGCCCAGAGACUGAUGAGACCAGUCAAACCCCUAACCACAGUCACCGAAGGCUCGCCCGGACUGCCUCACAGAUUUUUAGCGAUCUGUGAUAUCUCCGCAGACACAGGGGGAUCCAUUGAGUUCAUGACAGAGUGUACCACCAUUGAAAAGCCCUUCUGUAUGUACGAUGCGGACCAGCACAUUGAUCAUGACAGUGUGGAAGGUAAUGGCAUUCUUAUGUGCUCCAUUGAUAACUUGCCUGCUCAGCUUCCUAUUGAGGCAACAGAGUAUUUUGGGGACAGAUUGUUUCCCUACAUCUGGGAGAUGCUUCCCUCUGAGGCAACAAGACCACUUGAGGAGGAAGACUUCAGCCCCCAAGUCAGAGAUGCUGUGAUAACAUCUAAUGGGAAGCUGACACCAAAAUUUGAGUACAUUCAGAAACUCAGAGAAAGGAGGGAGUCAGAACAGAUUUUUAUGAAAGGGGGAAUGAAGCGUGUGCUGCUGCUGGGAUCCGGCUACGUGUCCGGACCGGUUAUUGAAUAUCUGACCCGCGACUCUGGCACUCAGAUCACAGUCGCAUCUGUACUGCUGGACCAGGCAGAAGAACUGGCGAGGAAAUACCCAAACACAAUUCCUGUAUCACUGGAUGUCACCAGUCAAGAAGGUCAUCUGGAGUCACUCAUCAAAGACCAUGACCUUGUCAUUAGUAUGCUGCCAUAUGGGUACCACCCAGUGGUGGCCAAGCACUGCAUUAAUAAAAAGGUUAACAUGGUCACUGCCAGUUAUCUGAGCCCAGCCAUGAAGGAACUUAAGAAGAGCGCUGAGGAGGCUGGCAUCACUAUAGUGAAUGAGAUGGGUCUGGACCCUGGCAUUGAUCACAUGUUGGCCAUGGAGUGUAUCGACCAGGCCAAGGCAGACGGUUGCACUGUGGAGUCUUACAGCUCUUUUUGUGGUGGUCUUCCUGCCCCUGAGUGCUCUGAUAAUCCCCUUCGUUAUAAAUUCAGCUGGAGUCCUUAUGGUGUUCUGCUUAAUACCAUCAGCCCGGCCAUCUAUCUAAAAGACAGUCAGGUGGUUAGCAUCGCCCCUGGUGGCUCUCUGCUGGAUUCCACAGUUCCCAUGGACUUUCUGCCUGGAUUCAACCUGGAGGGCUUUCCCAACCGAGACAGCACCAAGUAUGCCGAGCCUUAUGGGAUUGAGUCUGCCCAUACGCUGAUCCGCGGAACACUCCGUUUCAGGGGCUUCUCCAGUGCCAUGAGUGGAUUCGUUAAACUGGGACUAAUUAACACGGAGCCCUGUCCCAGACUGGAUCACACUGCAGCCACCGUGUCCUGGAAAGAGCUGCUGUGCGAGCAGGUUGGAUUGCCGUCAACAGCGAGCGAUGAUGUGUUUGAGAACGCUGUUUUCGAGCGAAUCGGGAAGGACGAGUUCAGGAUGCAGACACUGAAGUGGUUUGGAAUGCUUAGUGAUGAAGCAGUGCCUCAUGCUGACACCAUUCUGGCUGCACUUGCCAAACACCUGGAAACCAAACUCUCCUACGAGAAAGAGGAGAGGGAUAUGAUUAUCAUGAGGAAUGAUGUUGGAAUCAGACACCCCACGGGCGAACUGGAGACCAAACACAUCAGCCUGGUCGUCUACGGAGACCCCAACGGUUUCUCAGCCAUGGCCAAAACUGUGGGCUACCCGGCCGCCAUCGCUGCCCGCAUGGUGCUAAACGGUGAACUGAACAUCAAAGGUCUGGUGGUACCGAUGACUAAGAACAUCUAUGGCCCGGUUCUGAGGAGACUGCAGGAGGAAGGCCUUCGUUUCACCUGCAAGAGCACCGUGACAGAGUAAUCCACCACUGCUAGGCCCAAGCCCCUCUCACAGGGCUGGGACUAUUUUGAACACCAGUAACUUUCACACCUGUGGAAACAUGAAUGUCAUUAUUUUCAUAAAUAUUUUCUAUAUGUACUUUCAGUAGGCUUUAGAAAACAUGCAUUUUCAUUACCACAGAAACCGAUGAGUGACAAAUGAUUUUUGACAAAGGUCUCUUUUUUUUUAAUUUUAUUCUCAAGAAUUUUUUUGUAUCAUUUCAGUAACUACACUACUAAUGUAAAGACUUAUUUGAGAAUCUGAUUUAUUUUAGGGUAGAAAGACCAUCUACCCAGUGGCUUUGAGGGGUUAUAAUGUGUUUUAUUUUCCACAUAUAUUUAUUUCCCAUAUACUUGAUGUCCCAUAUGUGUGAUGGUCCUUUUAAGAGAUGGUCCCAAAGGUAAUAAUUAGGCAAUUCCCUACAUGAAUGACAUGUAUUUUGUAUGAAUAAGCCAAAGUGUAUCAGACUCUGCCUUUGUAUUAAAAUAUGACAGUUAGUAUUUAUUCUGUGUACUUACACAGACAGGCAAAAAUUUAAAUGACAGCACUAUAAAAAAAAUUAAAAGUGUGAAAAUUUUUGCAGAGGGUUUUGAAAACAGAACAUGGUAUUAGGUAUUCAAGAGAACUAGAACUACUUAGAGAACAUGACGAAAUUUGAAUUUUCAAUCACAUAAAUGAUCAUUUCCUUUUGGGCUGUCAUUGGGUCGAGGAAAGCACAUAUAAAAAUGCACAGAAUGGUAAAUUCAAACAUAAAUAUAGUCAGAAACAACAGUUAAGAUAAUCCAAGCAACAUGCAUCAAUUGGGACAUUUUCUGCUGUAGCAUUACACAUCACUACACAUAGAGAAUUUAUAAGCUCCAGUACAAUCAUGCAAAAUGAAGUAUGUAAAGUUUCAAAUUCAGACGACCCCUCCCGCACACUGACAUUUUCAGUGAUUCUUUUGCUAUAGCACCAUCUAGUGAGUGACAGCAUUUUUGCCGUUCGAGUUUUGAUACAGUUGCACAGCGCUUUCACGAGAGAGAUGUUUUGGUCAAUAAAGCCACGCCCAUAACAA